AUGCCCUUCAAGCUCCCCAGUCUCUUCGCUGGGGCCCAGCCUGAUGCUCAGGCUGGAUCCUCCGAGUCGCAAACCACUACCAAAGGCAACAAGGGACAUGUGACAUUCGCCGAGGUUUCCAUCGACGACGAAAUUAUCAAUGAUGUCUAUACCGGUAAUGAAGCCGCCAAGAUGGCUAGCGAUCAUGAACAGUCGAUGACCAUGCGGUACACAAUCAAGUACUACUACAUUGCGCUCUUCUGGGCCGCAGUAAUGGCGGCCCCCAUCAUCAUGGAGGGCUACGAAACGGCUUUGGUCCCUAGCUUCUUCUCGUUCAAGAGUUUCCGGGAUGUCUUCGGAUCCAACAUUGAUGGCCACCAGAUCAUUCGUCCUGCCUGGCAGUCGGGCAUUACUAUUUGCGCUGCUUUAGGUCAGCUCUUUGGGCUCUGGCUUGCCCCUCGUGUUGUUAACCGCUUUGGAUACCGCAUCAGCACCAUGUGUGGCCUUAGUUGGGCUUCUGUCUGUCUAAUGAUUGGGUUCUUCUCCACGUUCGCCUUUACCACUGCCAAGCUUCCCAUUUAUCUUGUGGGAGAACUCCUUCUUGGUGUUCCUUGGGGUCUCUUUCAAGGCAUCACCCUUCCAUACGUCUCCGAUAUCACCCCUAUGAAGCUCCGAGGACCGGCUGCGACCAUGAUCAACAUCUUCUGGCUCGUUGGUCAACUUGUCUCGGCCAGUGUCCUACGUGGCGCUUCUGAGACAAAAGACCCGAUGAUGUCGAUCAGGGUUCCCAUGCUGAUUCAAUACUCCUGGCUGGUCCCGCUCUUCCUGAUUGUGAUGGUCGUCCCGGAGAGUCCUUACUAUCUUAGCCGUCGGGGCAAGGACGAAGAGGCACGUAGGGUGCUCAGCCGUGUGAAUCGCGACCCCAGCUUCGACCAGUAUAGCUCCCUGGCCGUCAUUCACUGCGUAAAUGAGCACGAAAAGAAGACGACAGAGCGUAUGGGCUUUACCGAAUGUUUCAAGGGUGCCAAUUUGCGCCGCACUGAGAUUGCCGUCAUCACCUACCUUACUCAGCAGCUGGUCGGCUCGCCUCUUGUGUUCUACUCUGUCAAUGUUCUUCAAAAGGGUGGUCUUAGCCAGGGCAAUGCACUUUACGUCACCAUGGGAAUGUACGCACUGUGCAUUGCGUCGACACUAUCAUCUAUGGCUGCCAUGCGCUUGUUUGGCCGCCGCACAAUGUGGCUCGGUGGUCUCGCGGUUGAGUUUGGCUGCCUCGUGACCAUCGGCACCCUCGGAUUCCUUCUCGAGUCGAGCACGACGGUAGCUUGGGUGUCCGCCGGCGUUCUUGUUUUGUUCGCCGUUGUUUACAACUUUACUAUCGGUCCAGUUUGCUACAGCAUUGUCGCCGAGACUCCUGCUACUCGCAUGAAGACUGCAACUAACUCGAUUGCCCGCGGUAUCUACAUUGUGAUGUCGAUUGGCAACUUAUUUCUCGUUCCCAACCUUCUCGAGCCCAAGCCCAUGGGCUGGGGACUUGGAACCCGCGCGGCGCUUGUCUGGGCCAGUACAUCGUUUAUUUGCUUCUGCUGGGCGUACUUUAGACUCCCCGAGAUGAAGGACCGCACACCUGCCGAAAUUGAUGUGAUGUUUGAGCAGAAGCUCCCGGCUCGUGCCUGGUUCAAGACCAAGCUUUAG